UCUCAUUACCGUUUUUCAGUUCAAACAAGUAUCACGUAUUCCGCGCUUCGGACUGCGUGUGCACGACGCAAGCACAUUUUCGCCCGGUGUGAAAAUUAUUGCAAAGUGGUUUUUAAUCGUCAAAAACGUGCUAACUUGCUAAAAAACUUUUGAAAAAGUGAAUCCAGAAAUAUGGCGGAUCGUCAGACGCAAGGACGCGCCCGAGCGCGGGGGUAUACAGCCGUGAACGUAUCGCACGAAGUACGCGAGGGAAGAGGUCAGGCUCCAGUUCGUGGUAGUGGCGUAGGCAUUUCUGGACAGGGACCUCGUCCAGCGUGGGGCCAGCCGGGAGCUGGUGAAGGGCGUGCGAUGGUUCAUCGAGACUCGAGUGCAGGUCGUGGCGAACCACCGCGAGGCGACGGAAAUGGAAACGGUACAGGAACCAGUAACAGUGGAGGCACAAGCACCAGUCGAGGAGCGAUGCGUGGUCGGCGAAACAUUGGCGACACUUUGCGAACCCGUGCUUUUGAUGCCCCAUCAAAGCACGGUAGUACGGGAACAGCUUUACAGCUGCACAGUAACUAUUUCAAACUACUGAAACACAUUGAAUGGACUUUGUAUCAGUAUCGCAUUGAUUUUUCCCCCCAAUGUGCAAGCUCUCGUCUGAUGCAGGGAUUGGUCAAUGAGCAUAAGAAGAUAUUCGGCGGCUUCCUAUUUGAUGGUACUCAAUUGUUUAUGGUAAACAAACUGAGGAGUGACCAGCUGACCUUACAAUCACGUCACGAACGAACUGGUGACAUCUACCAACUACGAAUUGUACAUACGGGUACCGUUGACAUGACCAACGAAACUGGUAUACAGGUGCUGAACUUGAUCCUUCGGCGCGCGAUGGCUGGGUUAAAUUUGCAGCUUGUGGGACGAAAUUUGUUUGAUGCCGCUGCCAAAAUUGCCAUUCGCGAGUAUCAAAUUGAGCUUUGGCCUGGGUACAUUACCAGUAUUCGUCAACACGAGACAGAUAUUUUAGUGUGUUGUGAAAUUGCUCACAAGACCAUGAGAAUGCAAACUUGUUACGAUAUUCUUCGUGACUGUCAGAAGCACGAUCGCAACUACAAGGAUUCGUUCAAGCGUGCCGUUCUAGGUGUUGUUGUACUUACCGGUUACAACAAUAAAACCUAUACAAUCAAUGACGUAACAUUCGAAACGACUCCGGAAAGCACAUUUGACACCAAGAACGGUAAAACUUCAUUUUUGGAAUACUAUAAGACCAAGUACAAUAUUCGCAUUCGUGAUCCACAUCAGCCUAUGCUGUUGUCCCGUGCAAAAAAACGUGACCUUCGAGCAGGAGGUAAUGAGCUGAUGGCCCUGGUUCCUGAGCUUUGUCAAAUGACUGGGUUGACUGAUCAAAUGCGAUCUGAUUUCAGAAUGAUGCGCGCUAUGGCCGAUCACACUCGGUUGAACCCCGACAGACGCAUCGAACGACUGGAAACAUUCAACCGUCGAUUGCAAACAUCUCCAGAGAGCAUGGAAGUGUUCAAAACCUGGCAAAUGGAACUGGACAGACGUUUGGUCGAACUUCCCGGUCGAUUACUUCCACAGGAGAUGAUUUUCUUCUCAACCACCGCUAAUGGUGUGCAAGCGGGUGAACAGGCCGAUUGGACUGCACAUUUCCGUAACAAUCCUAUGUUUGCUACCGUCCGUUUGUUCCGUUGGUAUUUGGUUGUCCCGAAUCGAGCAACUCGCGAGGCAAACGAUUUCCUUGGUUGCAUGAUUCAGGCUGCUCGAGGUAUGCGAUUCGAGAUCAGCAACUGCGAGCUGGUACCCAUUCCAGACGAUAAUCCCGGUACUUACGUGCGCACGUUGGACAAUAUUCUUAACAAAGACCCACAGAUGAUUAUGUGCGUGGUGUCCAACAACAAAGCCGACAGAUAUACCGCUAUCAAGAAGAAGUGUUGCGUUGAUCGUGCUAUUCCAACACAAGUCAUGGUUCAGAAAACAAUCACACCUAAGGGAGGCAACGUACGAACAUUGAUGUCCGUUGCCACUAAAGUAGUCAUCCAAAUGAACUGUAAAUUGGGCGGAGUACCAUGGAAGGUAAAGAUUCCGUUAAAUGGUCUGAUGACGAUUGGUUUCGACGUGUGUCACGAUGCUAAGGACAAGUCGAAAUCUUUUGGGGCGAUGGUUGCUACGUUGGAUCACGACAACAAAGGAACGCCCAAAUUCUUCUCCACCGUAAGUCAGCACACGCACGGUGAAGAAAUCUCAAACUACCUGCCCAUCAAUACCGUUAAAGCAUUGAAUGAAUAUCGUAAGGAAUUUGGGGAACUACCCAAACGAAUCAUUUUCUACCGAGAUGGUGUCGGUGAAGGACAGCUUCACUAUAUUUACGAACACGAGGUCAAAUCCAUUGUCGACAAGCUAAAUCAGAUCUAUAAAUCGGCCGGAGUCGAUCAGGACGUUUUACUCACGUUCUUCAUUGUGAACAAGCGUAUCAAUACACGCUUCUUUGAUCACCGACAGAAUCCAAAACCUGGUACCGUGGUCGAUGACACUGUUACCCUUCCAGAAAGAACCGAUUUCUACCUGGUUUCACAAUCGGUCCGACAGGGUACCGUUUCACCGACAGCAUACAACGUCAUCUACGACACAUCCGGUCUGAAGAUUGAUCACCUUCAAAUGCUUUCGUACAAGCAGUGCCACUUGUACUAUAACUGGUCCGGCACGACUCGUGUACCGGCGGUAUGCCAGUAUGCACAUAAAUUAUCCUUCUUAGUGGCCCAGUUUCUGCACCAGGCGCCGAGUAAUCUACUCGAAAAAAAAUUGUAUUUCCUGUAAAUCUGUCUGAACGAAUAUGGUGAGUGCGCGAGAUUUGACAGUUUUAUCACAAAAGAAACCCCAAACGUAACUCACUGACGAAUAAUGUUACGCUACGUUCUAGUAAGUACUGCAGUUAUUAUUUUUUAAGUUCCCGAUUUUCUACAGUGAAAAAAAUGUACCCAAAUGAAGGAAAAUUAUGUUUCCUAAUUUUUUACCGAUUUGCUGUUAAUUUUAGAAACGGUUAUUAAGGUACUUGACAACAAAUGAAAAAAACGAUGAAGUAUUUUUU